UGGUGGGUUGUUGACCCUCCUUAACUCUCCUCCCAUUUAAUGGAGCAAAUAUUUCACACUUUUCAACCAUCUCAUCCUCAUCCCCAUCCCCUUUUCAUAACUCAUUUCGUUCAUUUUCUCACUUCCUUUUUAGACCUAUUCUCCUUUCUUUUCUUUUGACCAAUUCAUUGUAUUUGUGACACAGUGUGAGCUCUGUGUUCACAUAAGAACCCCAUAAAGCCAAUCAGUUUUGCUUUGCCUAAUUCAGUUCAGUUGUAGUUGCUUUGCUUUAGUUUGAUGUUGAGUUUUGGUGCAGGUGUGAGAAAGAUGAAGCUUUAGUGAGUGAUUAUAAUUCUUAGUUUGGGUUCCUGUUUUGGGUGUGAUUUGCUAAUGGCUUCUGAGCUGAGUAACGGACAUAUGAAUGUUCAAAUCAAUGGGAAGAGUGGUGAGAAUGAGAUUUAUCAGAUUGAAGAUGGGGUUUCUCCUGCUACUGCUUUACAUGCUCCUAAACCACCAAAGUUUCAACUCUCUGUGACUUUCAUACAGAAGAUAAUUGCAGAGAUCUUGGGUACUUAUUUUGUGAUAUUCGCGGGGUGUGCAUCGGUGGUGGUUAAUCUAAGCAAAGGGAGUGUGACAUUUCCUGGAAUUUGCAUAGUGUGGGGGCUUGUGGUGAUGGUCAUGGUUUACUCAGUUGGCCAUAUUUCAGGAGCCCAUUUCAACCCUGCUGUUACUAUUGCCUUUGCUACUUGCAGAAGAUUUCCAUGGAAGCAGGUACCUCCUUAUGUUUUGGCUCAGGUGUUGGGAUCAACCCUUGCAAGUGGAACACUUCAUCUGUUAUUCGGUGGGAAAUCCGAGCAUUUUCCAGGAACAAUUCCGGCUGGAUCAGACCUCCAAUCACUUGUUCUCGAAUUUAUCAUCUCCUUCUUCUUGAUGUUUGUUAUUUCCGGUGUUGCAACCGAUAAUCGAGCGAUUGGAGAACUUGCUGGAAUUGCAGUAGGAGCUACAGUGCUAUUAAAUGUGCUUUAUGCUGGGCCAAUUUCAGGUGCAUCCAUGAAUCCAGCAAGGAGCUUGGGGCCAGCAAUCGUAGGCAACAGAUAUGAGAGCAUUUGGGUGUACGUUGUGGGCCCAAUUUGUGGGACCACCCUUGGAGCGUGGGCCUACAACCUCAUAAGGUUCACGGAUAAGCCCCUGCGCCAGAUCACCAAGAGUGGCUCUUUCUUGAAAAGCCGAGCCACAAAUUCCCAAGUGUAACCAAGCCGAGGAUUUUGUACUUCAGCCCUUUUCAAUUACAAGGAUACCAUAAAAUAUAUAUAUAUAUCUCUCUCUCUCUCCAUAUAUAUAUAUAUAUAUAUAAACUUCUGUCA